AUGACAAAAGUAGAUAAUGACUUAAAUAAAAUAUCAGAAUAUGAAGUAGAAACAAAUGAUGAAGUAUAUUUUAAUUCGACUCAAAUGCAAAGUGCUCAUGAACAACUUUUAUCACAACAAAAACAAGAAGAGCGGUCGAAAUUAGCAAUAUCAAAGUUGAAUGUAUUCAAGAAUAAUGACGACUCGGUUGAUUUCGUCAAACCAAAUACUACCAAACCCAAGAAAUUUAAAAGCACCAAUAAUGUAUCAAAAAAGAAUAACAAAUCCAUGAGUUCAAAAGUUAGAGAAUCAUACGAAAGUAACAAGCUUUCAUAUUUUGCUAGAAAUCAAAGUAAAAUUACAGAUUUUAUACAAGGUUUAAACAAACUUGAGGAUAUUCAUAAAAUUAAACAAUCCAAAGAAGUUGAAAUUUAUACUCCAAAAGAAUGGCAAUUACUUAUACGGCAUAUCAAGUUAAAAUUUCCAGAUUUAUCAACAAAGAAUAAGAAAUCUCUCAAAGAGAUAAAUAAAAAGAUAGUAGAAAACCAGAAUGCAACUCAACAGCUGAUAGAUAAUGAAGAGUGUAGUUUGUGGGAUCAUGCAAAGUCACAACCAGAAAGUGCCUUGUCAAAUGACGAAUUAAAAUGGUUAUAUGAUUUAGAUGAGGAGCAAAUGAACUACAAUGGAAGUUCAUUUUUGGAUGUUGAAGAUGAAAGUGAUUGUAUGACGCCACCAUUUGUUGUGACUUUAUCUCAAAAUGAUAAGGAUAAAUCAAAUCAUAUGGAAAGUAUAAAUAUACACAUAGAAAAUGAAAGUUCUGAUCAUUUACAACAAGAGAAUCUUAAUUUACCAACCCAAACUGAUACUGAAAUUAUUUCUGAUUCAGAAUCUGAUAUUGAAGAAUUAAAGUUUUCCAAAGUUCAAGUUUUCCAAACAAUUUAUGAAGAAACAACUAAUGAAUCUCGUCAAAGAAUACCAGAAUUUGAUCCAUUAAUAUCAUUUCAGAGCUUCCCGAUCACAGUCAAGUAUCAACGACAAGGAGGAGAAUUAGAGGUUACUUCAUCUCAACCAGAAACUAUCAAUGGUGAUCCUGUUAUGACCCCAGGAAGUCAACAACGACCAAUUGAAGUAUCAUCUGAUGAUAAUUUAGAAAAAAUAUCACCGUUAAAAACACCGACCAAAAAGAAGAAUCAAAAUUUUAUUUCUCCAUUAAAGGUUAUACCAGAAUCAGUGGAACAUUCACAAUUAAAUAAUGAAACUGGAGAUGAAACUGACGAAGAAAUCAUUGUGUCAUCGGAUGCAGAGUCUGUAUAUUCAACAGCUAAAGAAAAUUUUGAAUCAAAUCGAACUUCAUCAAUUAAACGUCCUUCUCAACCAUCACUUUUAAAAUUAAUAGAAAGUUCGUCCUCUUCAGAUGUUGAUAUUGAUGACGAUUAUCCAACAUCGUCAAUGCCAUUACCAAAAAAUCUAAAUAGAAAGACUUUGAAAACCAGUGUUUUGGAAAUACCUAGAGCUUUAAAUGUGAAAGAUUAUGAUGAUGAAAAGCAUCAUAUAAAGUUAAGAAACUUGAAUGAUGGUAAAAAAGAAGUUAUAAAUAUUGACGAAAUUCCUGAUUCUGAAUACCUGGAAGAUGAAGAUAUAUGUAUAAUUGAAAUAACAAGAGAAAUGGAAGAUAAUAAUAAACCAAAUAAAUCUGACACUUCAAUUUUACAAGUCCCUUCAAGUCCUGGAGUUAUAUCUGAUGAAACUAUUUUAACAACAAAUAUUUCAAAUUUACAGUUUCAUGAAUUAAAAGAACUUUUCAAACAGUUUAAUUUAAAGCCAGUACAAGGCAAACUUAAAAUGAUUGAGAUUAUAGAAAAUUUAACUUUUUUAAUCAAACCAGUUAAUAUCUUAACUUUGACAAGCCAAGAAUUUCAAGAUGAAGUUUUUAAGAAUAUAACUAAUUUGAUACGACAAGAUAAUGAAUUUUAUGAAACGAUUUUGACAUACAAACCUAUUAAAUUGACAACAUUACAAGAUUGGUUAAAUAGACAAGAUUUUCUAAUAGAAUUAGAUGUGUUACGGUUAUAUUGCGAUAAUAAUCUAAUUACAACCACAAACCAAGAUUAA